UUUUUCGCCCUGAACGAUUAGGCUAUGGCUGCGAUAAAGGCCGUAAACUCCAAGGCUGAGGUGGCGCGGGCCCAGGCAGCCUUGGCCGUCAAUAUAUGCGCCGCCCGAGGGCUGCAGGAUGUGCUGAGGACCAACUUGGGUCCUAAAGGCACCAUGAAAAUGGUUAUCUUGUUUUUGGUGGCCUACUUCCUUAUCUCAUCCUCUCUUUUUAAAUCUGUUGCUUGCUUUUUCCAGCAAAUUCAACAUCCAACAGCUUCCUUGAUAGCAAAAGUAGCAACAGCUCAGGAUGAUGUCACAGGAGAUGGUACUACUUCAAAUGUUCUAAUUAUUGGAGAGUUAUUAAAACAAGCUGAUCUGUACAUUUCUGAGGGCCUGCACCCUAGAAUAAUAGCCGAAGGAUUUGAAACUGCAAAGAUAAAAGCACUUGAAGUUUUGGAGGAAGUUAAAGUGACAAAGGAGAUGAAAAGAAAAAUCCUCUUAGAUGUAGCUAGAACAUCAUUACGAACUAAAGUUCAUGCUAAACUGGCUGAUGUGUUAACAGAGGCUGUGGUGGAUUCUGUUUUGGCUGUUAGAAGACCAGGUUACCCUAUUGAUCUCUUCAUGGUAGAAAUCGUGGAGAUGAAGCAUAAAUUAGAAACAGAUACGAAGUUGAUCCGAGGAUUAGUUUUGGAUCAUGGUGCUCGUCAUCCAGACAUGAAGAAGCGAGUAGAAGAUGCAUUCAUCCUUAUUUGCAAUGUUUCACUAGAAUAUGAAAAAACAGAGGUGAGCUCUGGUUUCUUUUAUAAGACUGCAGAAGAGAAAGAGAAAUUGGUAAAAGCUGAAAGAAAAUUUAUUGAAGAUAGAGUACAAAAAAUAAUAGACCUGAAGGACAAAGUCUGUGCUCAGUCCAAUAAAGGAUUUGUUGUCAUUAAUCAAAAGGGAAUUGAUCCAUUUUCCUUAGAUACUCUUGCAAAACAUGGAAUAGUAGCUCUUCGCAGAGCAAAAAGAAGAAAUAUGGAAAGACUCUCUCUUGCUUGUGGUGGAAUGGCUGUGAAUUCUUUUGAAGAUCUCACUGUAGAUUGCUUGGGACAUGCUGGUCUUGUAUAUGAGUACACAUUAGGUGAAGAAAAGUUCACUUUUAUUGAGGAGUGUGUUAACCCUCGCUCUGUCACCUUGUUGGUUAAAGGACCAAAUAAGCAUACUCUCACACAAAUCAAGGAUGCCAUAAGAGAUGGACUUCGUGCUAUCAAAAAUGCCAUUGAAGAUGGUUGUGUGGUUCCUGGGGCUGGUGCAGUUGAAGUGGCAAUGGCUGAAGCUCUUGUUACAUACAAGAACAGAGUAACAGGAAGAGCUCGUCUUGGAGUCCAAGCUUUUGCUGAUGCUUUACUCAUUAUUCCCAAGGUUCUUGCUCAGAAUGCUGGUUAUGACCCACAGGAAACACUAGUAAAAGUUCAGUCUGAGCAUUUCGAAUCAAAACAACUUGUUGGCAUAGAUUUGAAUACAGGUGAGCCAAUGGUAGCAGCAGAUGAAGGAGUUUGGGAUAAUUAUUGUGUAAAAAAACAACUUCUUCACUCUUGCACAGUGAUUGCCACCAACAUUCUCCUGGUUGAUGAAAUUAUGCGAGCUGGGAUGUCUUCUCUCAAAGGGUGAUUGAAUUCAAAAUCAACUCUUUGAGAAGAUGAAAUUUAGUGCCCUUUAUAUCUGACUACUUUUGUGUAACCUGAACCAUUCUGAAUUUCUGCACAAUAAAUGCAAGUUGAUAUCUUUCGGGUCUUAA